UUUAUUUCUGAUAUAAAUGGGAGGCUUCUGAGGUAGAGGACUUGGGACUUAGGCUGGGUCUAGUUGGGAGGGAAGAAUUGGAGAGUGGCUUUGAGUUUCAGGAUGGGUUUCUGGUGUGGGGUUAUGGAGGCACCCAAACUUGUACAUGGUUGGUGAGAGGUAUAGAAAGUGGAACUGAGUAUCUGUGGGAGGAGGCAUUGCAGACCCCAGAGGAAAAGGAAGGCAGGACCUAAUGUCUGUAUACUCCUAAGUCCCCAACUCGAUGGUCAGAGCUUGGUCAGCACCAGGGACAGCUCCUGUCACUUGCUCUCCCUUUGCAGGGUCCCCUUCCUUUCUGUCUCCUCAGUCACAGUUACAUCUGGGCUGCCUCUCAGGCACCCCAGCCUUCUCCUCAGUGAGAUCUGAGAAUGGGCCUGGGUUCUCCCCACCCUGUCGUGAACCUGAGUCUCCUUAGAGAUGAUAGAACCGAUUACUUUGAUAUUUCUUCCCCUGUUCUUUUCCCAACUUUUGCACAAAUUCUGUGUCCAUUCUUCAUCCUCAAUCAAUCUCUUCCCAUGCCAGCCGUUCAUGUGCCAUCCCCUGAGGCCACUCUGUCCCACUGCCCCUGCUCGAGUCUCACCUUACUCUUGAUUUCUCAAUUCUCUUCUCCUACUACAUGCUAACCAGUGCUUCUUCCUCCUUUUCUGCCCCUCCCCCAUGACCAGUGUAGCACAUGAGCUAGGAGAAUGAGAAGUCAAAAGCCCAGCUUCUGAAAUCAGACCUAGGUUUGAUAGAUUGUGCCACUGACUUGCUGUGUCUUAUUAGACAGACAGCUUCUUUGAAUCCCAGCCUACUGACCUAUAAAAUGGGACAAUUCUUACUCUAAAAACUGUAAACUCUGAGGAUGUAUAGUGCCUUGUGAACAGUAAUACUCAAUGUUUGCCUACCUGACCGACUGCGGGUAAUAGCAAUGCUUUCAGUAAUAUGCAAAGGACUACUUGUAAGGUUUUAUGUCUAAAUUGUUUAGACUCCCAACAGUCCUAUUAGGAGUACUAUUGCUACAAGCCCCAUUCUGCAGAUUAGGAGAUAGCCAUGGACAAGUUGGAGUUGCUCAAACUGGAGUAAUUAUUUUCAGGGAAUGGGUGUUUCUCAGAGUGGGCAGUGGGCUGAACCAGAAAACUCCCUUCCUCUGGCGAGGAGGGCUAGAGGAACUACAAUACCCACAAGGCUCCGCAUCUCCCCCGGAAGUACUUCCGGUUGGCCUUGUGCUGUGAGGCCGAUGGGCGGUUUGGUAGGCGACGAUUGGGGAGCCGGAGCCGUGCUGGUUUGAGAUUGGUAAAUUGCUAUCAGCCCCGCCUCGAGACCCGGAAGUAAUCUCCGGUUGGGUCAUGUGUAGCGAGGAAUGGGAGUUUUGGACACGCGACUAGCUGUUCCACUGCUGGUGGCCUGAGUCUCAAGCUCCCCGCGCUCAUCAAAGGACUGUGACCCAUUGAGGACGCGGAGGCCGAGGGAUCCCCGCUGCUUCCCGCCACCUAAGCUGUACCUCAUGGAGUCUACAUUCAGCAGCUCUGCCGAGGCGGCGCUGCAGCGGGAGGCGGGGGCCGCGGGGCUGCUCACGCCUCUCGCGGACCUGGACCGAGUGUACGAGCUGCAGCGAGUCGUCGGGUUUGUCCGUGACCUGGCGUGCCAGCGGGUGGCCUUGCAGUUCCCCGACCAACUGCUGGGAGAUGCUGGGGUUGUGGCUGCACGACUGGAGGAGACCACGGGGUCGAAAAUGUUCAUUCUGGGGGACACAGCCUAUGGCAGCUGCUGUGUGGAUGUGCUGGGUGCGGAGCAAGCUGGAGCUCAGGCCCUUGUGCAUUUCGGCCCUGCCUGCUUAAGCCCUCCAGCCCGCCCGCUGCCGGUGGCCUUCGUCUUCGGUCAGCGUCCUGUGGCCUUGGAGCUCUGCGCCCAAGCCUUCGAGGCCCAGAACCCGGACCCCACCGCCCCUGUGGCGCUGCUGAGCGAGCCGGCCUGCGCCCACGCCCUGGAGGCCUUGGCCACUCUCCUUCGCCCACGGUACGCGGACCUGCUUGUCGCCAGCCCAGCUCUUCCCCUGCCAGCGGGCUCCCUCAAUACAGAGCCUGAACCCCUGCAGCGUUUUGGGCGUCGCUUCCCGCUGGCCCCAGGAAGGUGUCUGGAAGAGUAUGAUGCUUUCUAUGUGGGAGGCUCUGGGGCCAGCUCUGACCCUGACCUCGAUCCUGACCUGAGCCGGCUGCUCUUGGGCUGGGCACCAGAGCGGUCCUUCUCCUCCUGCUGCCCAGACACAGGGGGGACCCGUGAUGAAGGUGCCCGGGCUGGGCGGCUAAGGGCACGUAGACGAUAUCUGGUAGAGAGGGCCAGAGAUGCUCGCGUGGUGGGGCUGCUGGUGGGCACGCUGGGCGUGGCCCGACACCGGGAGGCACUGGCACACUUGCGGAACCUGACUCGGGCUGCCGGCAAGCAUAGCUAUGUGCUAGCUCUGGGGCGGCCCACACCUCCCAAGCUUGCCAACUUCCCUGAGGUGGAUGUCUUUGUGCUGUUGGCCUGUCCUCUUGGUGCCUUAGCUCCCCAGCCUUCUGGUGGCUUCUUCCGGCCUGUAUUGUCACCAUGUGAGCUGGAGGCUGCCUGCAACCCUGCCUGGCCAUCUCCAGGCCUGGCUCCCCACCUCACACACUACGCAGACUUGUUGCCUGGCUCUCCCUUCCACGUGCCCCUCCCGCCACCUGAAUCGGAACUGUGGGACAUCCCAGAUGUGUCACUCAUUACUGGGGAGCUUCGACCCCCGCCUGCUCGGAAGCCAUCAAAUGAUCCUGGAUGCUCAGCCCUGACCCCACGGCCUCAGCUGGAGCUGGUUGAGAGUAGCCCCGCAGGUAAGCGUGCCAAGUCUCCACUCCCAUCGGAAUUCUCCCGGAUUCCGGCCACUCAGCUUCAGUCCCCUCUCUUUGCAGCCUCAUUCCUUAGUUCUCGGAGCUGGCAAGGGCUGCAGCCUCAGCUGGGUCAGACACCAGUGACAGGAGUCGUAAGCGGAAGACGAGGAAUUGCCAUCGCCUAUGAGGAUGAGGGAAGCAGCUGAUACCCUGUGGGGCCAGAGACACAGAUGAACUUAAGGAUCGCUGCUGACUCUUCUGGUCCCAGGUGCUGCAGGCUUCAGUGCAGAUUUGGCCAAGCCCAGGAACCACACCAUGCACAACCAGUUCCGAAAAUGGCACAGAAAAGGCAUCAGGAAGGAAAUAGAUCCAAAGUUCCUGAGAAACAGACGCUUUGCCGAAAAGCACAACAAGAAGAGGCACGUCAACAACACUCAUGCCAUGAGCACACGUGCCAAGGCUAUCAAGGCCUUCAUAAAGCCCAAGGAAGUCAAGCUGAGAUCCCAGAGGGUCAGCUGCAAGCUCAGUCAACUUGUCUACAUCAUUCACCCCAAACUUGGGAAAUGUGCUUGUGUCCCCAUCACUAAGGGUCUCAGGUACUCCUGGCCAAAGGCCAAGGCAAGGCUUAAACCAAGCCUCAGGCUGCAGCUGCAGCUGCAACUCAGGCUUAGGCUCCCAAAGGUGCUCAGACCCCCAUAAAGGCUCCACAGGAGUGGAGGCCUCUGUCUGCUGAUGUGAGGACAGAGGACUGGUGUGACCCCUGGACUACUAUCUGCAUGGAACUAGUGUCCUCCUGUGCUAUCUGUACAAAUAAACCUGAGGCAAGAGCUCACUGCUAAGACCUUUUAGUGCUCCCUGUACCAGCCUCACCCCUCUGCCAGGAUCCUUGAAGGAGCCUGGAUGGAAGGAGAGGAGGCAGCCCCUCGCUAAAGAUAGGAUCCAGCUUUGUCUUGUACUGACACUGGCACACGGCUUAGCACAUACUGGCUUAGCAACAUGUUUGAUGUUUGACUGAUGGGGACUGAUUUGGGGCAUUCCUGGAGCCUUCUAGGCCCAUCUGUUCUAGGAGCAGCCCAGGACCUCUGGCCAAUCCCAGUUCCUGGUGUGCAGUUAAGGGUCUGUCCUUUUCAAAGGCAGGUUAUAGAUGGUCUAGACCAGGGUUUCUCAGCCUCCGCACAACUGAUGUUUUGGGCCAGAUAAUUUUUUAAAAUAUAUUUUUAUUGAUUUUUUUUAUAGAGAGGAAGGGAGAGGGAUAGAAAGUUUAAAACAUCAA